UCAGGGGACCAGAGGUGAUCGGCUUUAUGGGGCGGGAAGAACUGUUCUUGCGUCUCACAUUUUUCCCAGUGGGAAUCAAGGUAACAAGUUUCUUAUCUGGCUUCAAAAUUGCAGUAAGUUAGAUAACUUUUUUGCUUGCAGCCAAGAUACAUUUUUUCAAGGGGGAAAAUGGAUUUCUGUAGCAAAGAGAGGGUGAGAGCGCGCGAGAGAUCGUUCAACAUAGACUGCUUCAAGAAUGCAAAAAGUUACACGCCGGGGAAGCCUUCGUGUAGCUUUAGGGAAAAUGAGCAGCCGCACUCCUCCGCCAAUCUGUCCUUUCCAGUCAAUGAAAGACAUAGGGUUUGAGGUUCCUUCCGAAACGGGGCCGGCUAAUUUAGCCCCUCCCACGAGCCCGAGGGUCUGUUAUAUCUCUGGUCCUUGAGUACCUCUCUCACUGAGACGGCCACAGCAAGCAGAGGCUGAAAAAAAAAGAGCAAAGAGGAAGAAAACAAAAGCUGCCAAUUAUGGAAGAUAGAAAGGAUUCUGAACUGAAGAGAUUUUGUUCCAGAAAUAUACUGAUUGUCCUUGGCUUCUCUUCUACCCUGGCUGUGAUUGCUUUGAUUGCUGUGGGGCUGACCCAGAACAAACCAUUGCCAGAAAAUGUUAAGUAUGGGAUUGUGCUGGAUGCGGGUUCUUCUCACACAAGUUUGUACAUCUAUAAGUGGCCAGCAGAAAAGGAGAAUGACACAGGGGUGGUGCAUCAGAUAGAAGAGUGCAAGGUAAAAGGUCCUGGAAUCUCAAAAUAUGCUCAAAAGUUAACUGAAAUAGGCAUUUAUCUGACUGCAUGCAUGGAAAGAGCCAGGCAUGUGAUUCCACAGUCCCAGCACCGAGAUACACCUGUUUACCUGGGAGCCACGGCAGGCAUGCGGUUACUCAGGAGAGAAAAUACACCAUUGGCAGACAAGGUCCUGACUGAGGUGACGAAGAGCCUUAGCAGCUACCCCUUUAACUUCCAGGGGGCCAGAAUCAUCACUGGCCAAGAAGAAGGCGCCUAUGGCUGGAUUACUAUCAACUAUCUGCUGGGCAAAUUCACUCAGAAACUGCGAUGGCUCAACCUGAAGCCAAAUAGAGACCAUACUCAGGAAACCUAUGGAGCUUUAGACCUUGGGGGAGCCUCUACACAAAUCACUUUUGUGCCCCAAAACAACAGUAUCGAGUCUCCAGACAAUGCUCUGCGCUUUCGCCUCUAUGGCAAGAACUACAGUGUGUACACACACAGCUUCUUGUGCUAUGGGAAGGAUCAAGCGCUCAUGCAGAAACUGGCCAAGGACAUUCAGGGUACAAAUGGAACCCUCAGGGACCCAUGCUUUCAUCCUGGAUAUACGAAGGUAAUGAACGUAAGUGACCUUUACAAGAGCCCCUGCACCAAGAAAUUUGAGACAACUCUUCAGUUACAUCAGUUUCAAAUCCAGGGCACUGGAAACUAUCAACAAUGCCAGCAAAGCAUCCUUCAACUCUUCAACAACAGUUACUGCCCUUACUCCCAAUGUUCCUUCGAUGGGAUUUUCUUGCCACCACUCAAAGGGGAUUUUGGGGCAUUUUCAGCUUUUUACUAUGUGAUGGAGUUUUUAAACUUUACAUCAUUAGAGGAAACUCCCUCUCAGGAAAAGGUGACUGCCACGAUGGAAAAUUUCUGCUCUCAGACUUGGGAAGAGCUGAAGAUAAAUUUUGGUGAAGUGAAAGAGAAGUACCUGAGUGAAUACUGCUUUUCUGGCACCUACAUCCUCUCUCUCCUUCUGAACGGCUAUCAUUUCACAGCUGAUUCCUGGAAGCAUAUUCAUUUCAUGGGCAAGAUCCGGAGCAGCAACGUCGGGUGGACUUUGGGCUACAUGCUGAACCUGACCAACAUGAUCCCAGCUGAGCAGCCGUUGUCCACACCUCUUCCCCACUCCACCUAUGUCUUCCUCAUGGUCCUCUUCUCCCUGAUCCUGGUCAUAGUGGCCAUCAUAGGCAUGUUUAUCUUUCACAAGCCUUCAGAUUUCUGGAAAGACAGGGUAUAGGAGGAGCAACUGAAAUCUGCUGGCUGGAGUGAGAAAAAAACUUGCCCAGGGAGCACUUUCCUCCAAAAUGAUGUAUAAGGUCUUCCUUCCUUGCUCACCAAGGCCAGUCUUGACCAACAUGAAGCUUCCUUGGCUUUUGCUGAAGCCUCUUGUGGGAGGUAUUCACCACCUUCUGCCUCAAGGACUUCCUGGCAGACAUUGUCUCUUUUGUGAGUCUUUCCCAACUCUCCUCUUUCUCUUUUGUACUCUGUGCUUGUGUAGGUCUUAAAGACCUACCACCUUUCGUGAUCUUUGCUUUAUAAAAGAACAAUACUGACUUUGUCCAGAAGAACUGAGAGUCCUGAGUCCUCUGCUGGAAGUUGCGCUGGCUAAAAGAAGCAUCUCAGGAACUGGUUCGGUUGUACUCUUACAGACGCUUUCUCUCUCCUGUUUCCCAUUAUUAAGAAAGCCAUAUAAUGCCUUUGGAGAGGGCAGACACACAUCCAAUUCCCAGCCUGCCCUUUGCCUGGGAGAACUUUCUAGACUAGGCAAAUAUGUGCUAGGGCCAAAGAGUCUUACAAGGGAAUUUAUGUGCUUGUGCAGUUAAUACAAUACUUAAUCCAAUCCAAAAUAGGGAUGUGGAUGAAUCACAUAUUCCCAGGUGAUGCCAAAAUGCUACAGAGUGGAACACCCAGACCAGAGAAAAGCUGAUGCACAUAUAAGCAUUCAGAUAUCAGGGCAUACUACAUGAUAGGUGUAUACAUGUCAGGAAGAAAAAUACAGUUGCAACACAGGGUCGGGAAGAUGCAUCCUCCGAUGCAUCUAUUGGUGUUUUAUUUUUAUUGCGGUAAAAUGCAU